AUGUUGCAAGAGCAAGAGGAGGAGCAAAGACGGAAGGAAGAGGAAACCAGAAGUCAAGAAGAAGCGCGACCUCAGGAAGAAAUGUUGCAAGAACAAGAGGAGGAGAUUGCUGAAGAGAUGGCAGACCAGCACCUCUACAUUCAGACCGCCUGUGUACCCGAGAGAUGUUGCAAGCGAGCCAUGCGCGACCUCCCGAGCUCCGAGCUGACCACCAAGAGGUUAUGCGACCUGGUCCGCGCGCAUGAGGGUGGGGCAGUGCUCUUGCAGGGUCAAAGACCCGAAGAUGGAAAGGGAGAGGUGGUGCCAGAGGAGGAGAAACGCCUAGCACGAUGGAACCUGAAGCGUGCCAUGCAUGACAGGCGCAUCGCGGACAUCGAGAAGGCCCUCAUCGCCGGCGAGGAGCGGGAGUGUCAUUUGUACCCCAUGGAGCUGGAACAUGCUCGGCACACCUUGCUGGAAGCCCGGAAGGCGGAUGCUUUGUACCGGCUGGAAAAGACCUUGUCAGACCCUCAAAGCCGAGUAGAGUCGCAAGUAGGCGGCUUUCGGUCGGACGGCGAGAUCGCCGCCAUCCGGGCGGCCAUCGAUAAGGCCGCCGAGGAGAAGGUCUUGGAAGACGUGAAGAAGCAGGAAGAUGCCAGGAUGCUGCUGCACGAGGCGAGUUCGCGCCUCGUUCGCGGCGAGGCUCGGACGAGGGACUGCGGAACAUCAACAUCUGGGACUGCAAGGGACGAAGCUACUGGAGCCUGGUCGAAGGACUUGGUGAGGUGUCAGUGUAUUCCGGCCAAGGGCAGGAGUGACCCAGAUGCUGGUAAACAGCCAGUCGCGGAAAAGAACACUGCAUUGUAUCAGAUUAGUGGGGCUGAGCCAGAAGCAAAACAGGAGUGGAUGUGGUGCAUAGGUAGGAGGACCCGUUCGUAA